AUGUUCUUUUCAUUUGUGAAUUUGCAAACCAGGCAUUACCGGAAGCGCUCCGCGUCGCGCGGGCGCUCAGGCAGCCGCUCCAGGAGCCGCUCUCCGUCGGAUAAACGAGGGAAACGUGGGGACGACCGGCGCUCCCGGAGCAGGGAUCGGGACCGCAGGCGGGAGCGCUCGCGCAGCAGGGACAAGAGAAGGUCUCGGUCGCGCGACAGGAAGCGUCAAAGACGUUCAAGAAGUAGAGAAAGGGAGCGGAGCAGGGAGAGAAGAAGAUCCCGGAGCCGAGAGAGAAGACGCUCUAGAAGCAGGAGUAGAGGGAGACGGUCUCGAUCCCCUAGUCCAAGCAAGAACAAGAAAACAGAGAACAGAUCAAGAUCUAAAGAAAAAACUGAUGGUGUGGAAGUUUCAAAAGAAAAGAAAAAAGAAAAAGAUGACAAAGAAGAAGAAAAGGAGAAGGAUGCUCCUGUGACUACUGUGGCCACCGAGAAUUUUGAUCAGAACAAACUAGAGGAAGAAAUGAGAAAACGAAAAGAAAGAGUGGAGAAGUGGAGGGAAGAGCAACGCAAGAAGGCUAUGGAAAACAUAGGAGAACUGAAAAAGGAAAUUGAAGAGAUGAAACAGGGGAAAAAAUGGAGUUUAGAAGAUGAUGAUGAUGAUGAAGAGGAAGCUGCAGAAGGAGAAAAAGAAGGCAGUGAGGUUGAAGAUGAAGAAUUAGACCCUUUGGAUGCUUAUAUGGAAGAAGUUAAAGAAGAGGUCAAGAAGUUUAAUAUGAGAAGCGUGAAAGGUGGAGGUGGGAGUGAUAAGAAAUCUGGACCAACUGUUACCAAAGUAGUAACUGUGGUGACAACUAAAAAGGCAGCUGUAGAAUCAGAAAAGAAGAAAGGGGAGCUCAUGGAGAAUGACCAAGAUGCAAUGGAGUAUUCCUCAGAAGAGGAGGAGGUUGAUCUUCAGACUGCCCUGACUGGCUAUCAGACCAAGCAGAGAAAGCUGCUGGAACCGGUGGAUCAUGGAAAGAUAGAAUAUGAGCCCUUCAGGAAAAACUUCUAUGUUGAAGUGCCAGAACUAGCUAAAAUGACUCAGGAAGAGGUGAAUGUGUACAGACUGGAAUUGGAGGGAAUUACAGUCAAAGGAAAGGGCUGCCCCAAACCAAUAAAAACUUGGGUACAAUGUGGUAUUUCUAUGAAGAUUCUCACCGCCCUCAAAAAACAUGGCUAUGAAAAGCCCACUCCCAUUCAAACCCAGGCUAUCCCAGCAAUCAUGAAUGGACGUGACUUGAUUGGCAUUGCUAAAACGGGAAGUGGAAAAACUAUUGCCUUUCUUUUGCCCAUGUUUAGACACAUUAUGGAUCAGAGGGCGUUAGAAGAAGGAGAAGGUCCUAUAGCGGUCAUUAUGACACCUACUCGAGAGUUGGCUUUGCAGAUUACCAAGGAGUGUAAGAAAUUCUCAAAGACACUUGGGCUUCGAGUUGUCUGUGUGUAUGGAGGAACAGGAAUCAGUGAACAGAUAGCUGAACUCAAAAGAGGUGCUGAAAUUAUUGUUUGUACACCUGGACGUAUGAUUGACAUGUUAGCAGCUAACAAUGGUCGGGUGACAAAUCUCCGCCGAGUCACUUAUGUUGUACUUGAUGAGGCAGACAGAAUGUUUGACAUGGGUUUUGAGCCUCAGGUCAUGCGCAUUGUAGACAACGUCAGGCCUGACCGUCAGACUGUCAUGUUCUCUGCUACUUUUCCCAGAGCUAUGGAGGCCUUAGCUCGGAGGAUCCUGAGUAAACCCAUAGAAGUGCAGGUUGGAGGUAGAAGUGUUGUCUGUUCUGAUGUGGAGCAACACGUUAUUGUCAUAGAAGAGGAGAACAAGUUUUUGAAGUUACUUGAACUGCUGGGACUCUAUCAGGAGAAAGGAUCAGUUAUCAUAUUUGUAGAUAAACAAGAACAUGCUGAUGGUCUGUUAAAAGAUUUAAUGAGAGCUGCUUAUCCCUGCUUGUCUCUUCACGGAGGUAUUGAUCAAUAUGACAGGGACAGCAUAAUUAAUGAUUUCAAGAAUGGAAUUUGCAAACUUCUGGUGGCCACAUCUGUAGCUGCAAGGGGCUUGGACGUAAAACAAUUGAUGCUGGUGGUCAAUUAUAGCUGUCCCAACCAUUAUGAGGAUUAUGUGCACAGAGCUGGCCGAACUGGACGAGCUGGCAAUAAAGGAUAUGCAUACACGUUCAUUACUGAGGAUCAGGCACGGUAUGCCGGUGAUAUCAUUAAGGCUUUGGAGUUGUCUGGGAAUCCAAUUCCUACCGACUUGGAGAAGCUCUGGGCUGACUUCAAAGACCAGCAAAAGGCUGAGGGAAAGCUGAUUAAAAAAAGCAGUGGAUUCUCUGGCAAAGGUUUUAAAUUUGAUGAAACGGAACAGGCUUUGGCUAAUGAACGAAAGAAACUACAAAAAGCAGCUCUUGGCUUGCAAGAUUCAGAUGAUGAAGAUACAGCUGUUGAUAUUGAUGAACAAAUUGAAAGCAUGUUCAAUUCAAAGAAAAGAGUAAAAGACAUGGGCACGCCAGGAACAUCAAAUGUUCCUACACCAUCAGCUGGUAAUGCAGAAAAACUGGAAAUUGCUAAAAGAUUGGCUUUGAGAAUCAAUGCUCAGAAGAAUCUUGGAGCAGAGGCACAAGUAUUUGUCCCUUUCCACUUCAAGGAUGUGAUGCAGCAGGCUACAAACGCCAUCCUGAGAGGAGGCACAAUUCAAGCUCCUACUGUGUCUGCCAAGACUAUUGCAGAGCAGCUGGCUGAAAAAAUCAAUGCUAAGCUCAAUUAUGUACCCAUAGAAAAGCAGGAGGAAGAGAAACAGGAUGGAGGACAAAAUGAAUCCUUCAAGAGAUAUGAAGAAGAAUUGGAGAUCAAUGACUUCCCACAGACUGCCAGAUGGAAAGUUACAUCCAAAGAAGCUCUGCAGAGAAUCAGUGAAUAUUCUGAAGCUGCUAUUACAAUCAGAGGAACUUACUUCCCUCCAGGCAAGGAACCCAAGGAAGGAGAACGGAAGAUUUAUUUGGCUAUUGAGAGUGCCAAUGAACUGGCUGUACAGAAAGCAAAGGCAGAAAUCACACGACUUAUAAAAGAGGAACUUAUCAGAUUGCAAAAUUCAUACCAACCAACCAACAAAGGAAGAUACAAAGUUCUAUAAGUAUUUGGAGCAAUCUGUCUGCCAGCAGCUGGUGUGUAAAACUUUGUGGCUUCUGUUGUUUUUGCUGUUUACACUGCUUACUGUAAAUUAAGAAUUUUUUUAUUUUGUCUUGCGGACAUUUUUUUAACACAAAAUUGAUACUUGCUGAGACAUCUUAAUUCUCUCCGCUAAGGUUAGAAGUCUUAAAGCAAACCAGUUUGGGCAGAGCAUGAUUUAAUUUAAAAGUGUAGUUUAAUACUUUUCACCAUGAAGAAUAUCAAAUAAAACAGAUUUUAAUUUUCCUGACAGACUAUACUGUUGAGUAAAUUAAACAAUGUUGGGACUUGUGUUGGAAAUUGUUAGAAUGUACCUGUUUCUUAUUGUGGGGAUGAUUUACAUCAUAUCAGUUUAUACUGGAAUAAUGAUAAAACACCAAAAUAAAGGCAGGACUUUCUUCUGAUCCAUAGCAUCUCUCUGGCUGGUUCCACAUAUAUUCAUUUCUGGUCCAAACAUGUUGUUACGUCAGAGAGUCUCGCAAAGAUCAGAGUAGAGAAUUUUGCCCCAAAAUACUUGAGAUCUAGUUUUGAGAUCUUUUCAUCCCUUUCAUUUCCCAUUUUAUCUUUAUCAUCAUGGUAACAGAAUAAAUCUUUGGAUUUUUUGUAAAGUGAAAUGUUUUGUAGUAUGAA